AUGAACAAAUCAGAGCGGUAUGACAGGACCGUAACAUUACAGAAAUUCUCCGAAUCGCUCACUUCCCCCGUCGUCACCAUCCGGGGAAUCCGCGCACAUCUCUCCAAGACUUUUCAAGGUGCGUUCAAGGAAAGUGCGGAGCAAGAAUGUAUUUUGUCCGAAGAGGAUCGACGAAUCUUCGGCUACUUUGUCGAAUACAUGUACCGUGAAGGAUGGCUCCACGACGCAAAGAGCAGUCUUCACCAAUCCAAGCUCUCCACACUUGCUCGACUGUACACCAUGGGUGACAGGCUCAUGGUGAAGGGUCUCCAAGACCUCGCCCUGCGAAAGAUUGCUGUCACCCUCGACAAGACUCGCGACUUACCGGAUCAAGAAGAGGUCUGCGACUUCCUAGAGGUUGCUGGUGCAGAAGUCCCUGACACGCCCAACGACGAUGCACUCCAAGCCCAGGUGUUAUGGUACGCUGCAUCACGGCUUCACAAGCUCCAGAACUUCAACCGAUUUCAUGAACUUCUUCGACAAUACCCUCAGCUUGCGGUCAAGCUGUGCAUGCUAGCAGGGAACGGGAACACUACCCAGCCAAAAAUACCCAGUAUUUCCGAUGACAAAAGAUUCAAGCCUGAGAGUAUCUAUUCUUAA